AUGAACAACUUCGGGGUAAUCGAGCUCGCCAGCACCAAGACAAUCAACGCGCCUGGCUGGGCCUACGUGUCAGACACGGGCCGCGGCCCGCACCGCUCCUCGUCCACCACCGCCGGCGGGGGCCCCUCCUCGUCCACGACAACAACGACCACGAACCGCAAGCGCGCGCGCGCCGCCCACGCCUCGACGAACCUGAGCUCGGCCGACGCCAGCGCCCGCGCCGAGGUCAAGACGCGCCGCGAGAUCGAGGUGCUGGACCGCGACAACGCGCGCGACGUGAACAUCGCCAUCCCAGCCAAGGCAAAGUCCAGUACCAAGGGCGGGUCGCAAGCCGCCAAGAAGCAUGGGCACACCGCCAACGUCCGCAAGAUCCUGCAGUCCCAGAAGACUUUCGCGAAUCAUCUGGACGACUACGUGGCGCUCGAGGGCGCGAACCCAGGCGCGACGAGCUUGAAUUCGGGAGCUGGCAAUGCGGGCGCUGCCUCCUCGAGGGGUGCGGCGGCCGCGGCUGCUGCCAAUAUGAGAAAGACCCAGCAGGGUGCGGCUGCGAGGAGGCAAUCCACGAUCAAGCAAGAACAGACCGACGUCGAAAUGCCCAACGCCCCAUCGUCUUCCACCACACCAGCCCAAGCCCAAACCGACCAACAACAACCACGCACCACCAGCAACAAGAGCGCCAUCCUCGCGGCCUCGCCGCUCCCAGCACCGCAACCGCACCCGCUCGACUCAGACCCGCUGCUCGCAUCGCGCGUGCCGCCACUGCCAACCGACGACGAGCUGCGCGCUUUGAUAAGUGCGCCGCCGCUCAGCUACCUCGAGGCGCGCGCCGGCUGGACGCCCGAAGACCGCCGGUACCCGCUCCGCGUCUUCUGCGAGGUGUGCGGGUACUGGGGCCGCGUGCGGUGCAUCAAGUGCGGGACGCGCGUGUGCGCGCUCGAGUGCCUGGAGACGCAUCGGGAGGAGUGCGUUACGCGGUACGGGUUGUGA